GUUAUAAAUUAAUCUAAGUAUGCGAAUUAUACAACAACGAACAUGUAUUCUAAGCUAGAUACAAAUCCUAUGACUGCCUGUGACAAGGAGGACUCACCAAAUUUGUCAACAGUAAACAACCAUAAAGAUGAAGUGCUGGAAGAGAAACACGAAGCUCAAAGCCCCAACAAAUUGAAAAAUGAAAAGGUUGUACCUGAAUUUUAUAACAAGGCACAAAAAUAUUGGUCGGAAGUUCCAGCAACUGUAAACGGGAUGCUCGGUGGUCUUGGCUACAUCAGCGCAAUCGAUAUACAAGGGUCAAGGAUAUUUCUCCGUGAACUUAAAGUGCCAGGCAAGAAAUUAGCUCUGGACUGCGGUGCUGGAAUUGGACGAGUGUCACGAAAUCUUUUAAUACCGAUGUUUGACACGGUUGAUCUGGUUGAACAAGAUGCUGCGUUUGCUGAGAAGGCCCGAGAGAUAUGCACGUCAGAGUCCGUAUGUCGCCAUAGCCUGGGCGAAAUAUACAAUAUGGGACUUCAAGAGUUCUCACCCACUCAUAAAUAUGAUCUAAUCUGGAGUCAAUGGGUUUUAGGACAUCUGACGGAUCCGGAUCUUGUAGCAUUUUUUCGUCGCAUGCGGUUUAGUUUGCAGCCAGGUGCUUACUUUUGCAUUAAGGAAAACGUCAGUACAUCUAAAGAUGUGAUAAAGGAUGAGGAGGAUUCGUCAAUUACGCGUCCGCUUGAAUCAUAUGAGCGCUUUUUAAGAGAAGCUGGCUUUCGAAUUGUAAGAAAGGUGCGUCAACAAAAUUUCCCGAAAGGACUUUUUCCAGUGUAUAUGAUUGCCUGUAAAUCACAGCCCAUUGGCAGCAAUUAGACAUAUAAAUACUAGCAUUAACGAAGUAUUUAUGACAAAAAAUAUAAAAUCAGAUAUU